UUACUUUGCGAGAGAGAGAGAGAGAGAGAGGAGGAAGAAACAGUGGGAAGGAAGACAAAAGGGGUUGUGAAGCACGUAUUGCUGGCGAAGUUCAAAGAUGAAACAACACCUGAGAAGAUUGAGGAACUCAUCAAAGGCUAUGCCAAUCUUGUCAAUCUCAUUGAACCUAUGAAAGCUUUUCAAUGGGGCAAGGAUGUUAGCAUUGAGAACCUGCAUCAAGGUUUCACUCAUGUGUUUGAAUCCACAUUUGAAAGUACUGAGGGCCUUGCAGAAUAUGUAGCUCAUCCUGUUCAUGUCGAAUUCGCGAACUUGUUUUUAGGCCACCUGGAGAAAGUCCUUGUAAUCGACUACAAGCCCAUGAUUGCUCGUUGCUAAGUUAAACAGUAUAGAACCUGUUGUCAAGCGUCCUGCAAUAUAGUUUCUGAAUGUUGAGAUUUUCACGCAUUCUGGUCAUGUCUGUUGGAUUAAAUAAAAAGACAUCUUGUAUCAAUGUGAUAGAGAUACUGUUCUCGUUCUCCUUGUUUCUUGUUUUGAAAUGUAUCUUUUGAUACAAACCAUUGGGCUGGGUGAUUCCACCAGGGUCACCAAAGCUCAAACUUUUGAGUACAAUCUUGGUUUCUUGUUCA